AUGGCUAGAGAUGAUAAAAGAAAGUUUAGAUCGACAAAGAGAAAGAAAAUGAGAGGAUUUUUUGGGAAAAGACCGCAAGAAACUUCGACAUCUGUGAACAACGAUAGCAUUACGCAUUUGAAUCCUGAAAGUUCCGCGGCCGUUACUGGCAUUUCUACCUCUGUUUUGCCUUCGGAAAGGGAAAGUAUUUCAACAAAAAAGUUGCUAAACAGCUCGUUUGAAAAAUUUGAGAACAAUGAACAUGUUUUCACUCGUCAACAAGCGCGACACGUCAGUCUAGGACCCGUGUCCAGUGUAGACGUUGUUCUGGCUACAAACUACAGGAUGCCGAACUUUUGA